AUGGCCAAAAGAAAAGCUGGGCCUGGUGGCUCCAGAAUGAGAUCAGGAAGGAAACAGUCCACUAACACUGCUGAUAACUACCAUCUGGCCUGGAAGAGGACUCUGCAAGUGGUUAUGAGUUCCUUGCUGACAGAGGCAGGAUUUGAGAGCUCUGAGAAAGCAUCUGUAGAAACACUAACAGAGAUAUUACAGAGCUACAUCUCAGAAGUCUGGAGAAGUGCCAAGUCUUUCUGUGAACACACCGCCAGGUCCCAGCCCACACUGUGGGAUAUCUUGGUCACACUGGUUGAAAUGGGGUUCAAUGUGAACACUCUUCCUGCUUAUGCAAAAGGGUCUCAGAGGAUGGUCAUCACUGCACCUCUGGUGACCAAUCAGCCAGUGACACCCAAGGCUCUCAGUGCAGGGGACAACAGACCCCACCCACCACAUAUCCACAACCAUUUCCAGGAGUUUCCGGAUCCCCACACCUACAUCAAAACUCCCACAUACCUUGAACCAGUGUCGGACAACCAGGUCCUGAGUGAGAGGGCUGCAUCUCAGAGGCGAGAUGUGGAGCAAGCACUCACCUGCUUCAUGGCCAGGACAGGCAAGCCCCAGAGUCUUUUCAAGGAUGAUUUCAGCACUUUCCACGUGAUUGCCUCCAGAACUCUCACCAUCCCCUACCUCACAGCCUUGCUUCCCCUUGAGCUGGAGAUCCAGCACAUGGAGGAGACAGACACUGAGAACAUUCCUCUUCCUAUCAGCAUCAAGAAUUCCAGGGCUGAGAAGGAGAACUCCUCCAUGUCUGGCAGCUGGAACAGAGAAGAGAGCAUCAUGGAUAACCCCUAUGUGCAGCCUGUGAAGAAGCCCAAGAUCUGCAGGAAGUCCCUCUGCUGA